AAAAACACAUUUUCCUUGUAAAAAACAUUAGUGACAUUCACAGACAGUAGUUGCAAGGACAGACAACAAAUGAAAGCAAAGCUUCGUGCUUCGCGGCGGCGACUGUUUCAGCAGUAACUGACUCUCUCUCUCUCCUCCUCAACCCAACCAACCAACCAGCUAAACAUAUGGAUUUGUGCGAAUCUCCCAAGACUAAGGAAAAAGAUUCCGCAGUUCCUGUUACUCCUCAGGUUGUCAAAGAGAAUGCUGAUUUUGAAUUUCAAUCCCCACUCACACUGUCGUCGACAGUAGUGGUCAGGAAACAACUACUUAAUGGGGACGACAAUCACAAUCACAAUCACAAUCGCAGCCCUCGAACACCUAAGGAUGUUGUUUUCGACCCAUUUGCGCCUCCUACUAAGGAUGCACAUCACACUCCCAGCAAGUAUCUUGACGAAUUCAGGACCUCUGUUGUCCGCAGACUUUGUUUUCGUUCCUCUGCUCACAAUGCUGAUUCUCUUUCAGACCAACAUAUCUUUGAAUCCAUAUAUAACAAUCUCUUACAAUUCAUUCUUUUCAAGCAAAUGGAGGAGGAGGAGGAGGAGGAGCUUCUUCCUCCAAUGUCAAAUCUACAACGCUAUGAUUCUGAUGACGAUGAUGAAUGUAAAUCACCUCCUUCCAUGCUCCGUUUCACAGGAAUUGCUCAUACUUGUCCUCCCGCACCUCGCAAACUCAAACCCGCCAAUCAACCCAAGAUCAUUCAACUGGAGUUAUGCAAGAAGCUUGAAUUCUGACUCACUCAAACAUCUGGACUAGUUCAAUUUCAUUUAAUUUUACGCUGCUGAUUCUGAAAUUUUGUGUCAUCCUUAUAUAUCUGAUUAAUUUGUAGCUCAGCUUAGCUUGUUAUUUAAUAUAUAAUUUUACAAGGAACAACUGCAUCUGACAAAGCUCAUAUAGAUAGAUCAUAGACGUAGCAGCAGCAUGAGCAUCAAUAUUGUGAAUUAGUUUGUGCUAAUUAAAUCAUUUCUUUAUUUACUCA